GUGAAGUGUUAACCAUCAAACACUUUAUUGUAGAACACCAAGAUCUGAUCAAAUUUGUUGGUAUAAUGAACGAAUCAGUUAAAUACGUGACAUUAAUGGAAUACUUACUAAAUUCUUUUAGUGUAGCUUCAGUAAUGUUUCAGCUUAUAACGAUAAAAUCUGCAGUAAAAUUUAUGUUUGCAUUUCUAUUUAUUUGUAUGUUAGUAUGUCAAAUAUUUAUAUUUGCUUGGACAGCUAAUGAAAUUAAAGAACAAAGUAUUGCUCUUUCCGAUUAUAUCUACAAGAGUCCAUGGUAUAAUUCCAGUGAGGAAGUAAAGAAAUUGCUAGCAAUCAUGAUGAUACGAGCUCAAAAACCGUUGGUAGUGACAUUGGGCCCUUUCAGUCCUAUGACCAGCAAUACUGCCUUAACAACUAUUAAAGCUGCUUACUCAUAUGCAACAGUGAUGUUAAAUGGUUACAAAGAAGAAUAA